UUGGGCGUGAAAAGUGGCGCUUCACACUUUCGAUUCCAAGCCAUCAUGGGCAUCAUGUCGGCAACCCAGGCGGUCGUCUUCGGAGCCGUCGCUACCUCCAUGGCAUCGUAUGCUUCCGUUGCCGCGGUGACAAGUGGAACAUACAGCGCACUUCUCCCUCAAGACGUGGUGCGCAACCUGCAAUGCCAUGUGUGCCGCACCCCCGAACUGACCGGCAGCGUCGGCGACUCGUGUUGCAACUACGAGACGGUGAACACGGCAACCAUCGAGCAUUUCCACCCACUCCUAGAUGAACUGCGCAAGUUGUCGUUCUUCCGGUACUUUAAAGUGGACUUGAACCGCGAAUGUCCUUUCUGGAGCGUGAACAACGUGUGCAUGAACCGCGACUGCUCCGUGUGCGAGUGUCCUACCGACGAGAUCCCGUCCAAAUGGUAUGCGCAGGACCAAGCCGAGAAAGAGCAGCGCGAUCUCACAGAGGCCGCUUCCGGGCCUUGCGACGACCAAGCCGGCGAAGGCGAGUUGUCCAAGGUCGACCGCACCAACGCCGCCGUGGGCCAGUCCUUCUUGGCGUGGGUCGACAAAAAAGACGCCGACAACGUCAACAACAUGGUGUAUAUCAACCUGCUGGAGAACCCCGAGCGUUUCACGGGCUACGCGGGGCUGUCGGCCGCCCGCGUGUGGAAGGCCAUCUACGACGAGAACUGCUUCGUGUCCCAAGAGCUAUGCCUCGAAGAGCGCGUGUUCUACCGGCUCAUCUCCGGCCUCCAGGCGUCCAUCAGCACCCACAUUGCGCUCGAGUUCCGCGUCGGCAACGGGUGGGGCCUCAACACUGACAUGUUCGUCGAGCGGGUCGGCAAGUUCCCCGACCGGCUGCAGAAUCUGUACUUCACAUACCUAUUUGUGCUCCGUGCCGUGGGGCGGUAUCGCGACGUGCUGCUUCACUACGACUUCGAGACGGGAAACGCCGCCGACGACGCGCGGGCAUCGACGAUCCUUAAGUCGCUCUUUGACGUCGACAACCAAGCGUACAAUGCGAGCUGCCGCGCGCCGUCCGACAGCCGCGCCGUGCUCUUUGGAUUCAACGAGACGAUGUUGUUCUCCAAGUCCAUGGUGAACAACCUCUUCCUCCACCCCGUCGACGUCGAGCGCCAGCGCCGCCAGUUCACGCAAAAGUUUGAAAACAUUUCGCGCAUCAUGGACUGCGUCACAUGCGAAAAGUGCCGCCUCUGGGGCAAGAUCCAAGUGCUCGGCCUCGGCACCGCCAUCAAGAUCCUGCUCGCGGACGACGUCGCGGACAUGGCGCCGCUCCACCGCAACGAGAUGAUCGCGCUCAUCAACGUCCUCCACCGCCUCUCCGAGUCGGUCGAGGGCGUCACGCGCUUCCGCCAGCUCGAGCUCGAGAACGCCAUCGCCACACUCGUCCAGUGCAUCCUCGGCGCCGUCGUCGUCGUCGUCGUCGUCGGCGUGGUCAUGAAUCGUCGACGACGCCAAUCGAGUCUUGUGGACCACAAGAAGUUCAAUUAAUUUUAUCCCCAAGCAAAAAGAAUCAUCCAACACGAGUAGUUAUAUAUAUAUAUAUCAAACGCUUUGCAGGUCGGAUGAAAUACAUGUACUUUAGUUGUGGUAG